AUGGCGAACCUUAUCUUUGCGCAUUCGAGUGCGCCGAUUCGCACCAUCAAGGAGAUCCAGUUCGGGCUGUUGUCGCCUGAGGAGAUCAAAGGAAUGAGUGUGUGCCACAUCAUCUACCCGGAGACGAUGGACGAGUCGCGGACCAAGCCCCGCGACGGUGGGCUCAACGAUCCGCUGCUCGGCUCCGUCGAUCGGCAGUUCAAGUGCAAGACAUGCACUGAGAAUAUGACCGAGUGUCCAGGCCAUUUCGGUCACAUUGAGCUGGCUCGCCCAGUCUACCACCCCGGCUUCAUCAGGCGCACAAAGAAAUUGCUCGAGAUUGUCUGCCACAACUGUAGCAAGGUGUUGGCUGAUCGAUCCGACCCGCAGUAUGCUGCUGCCAUGCGCAUUCGGGACCCCAAGGUCCGCUUCAAGCGAGUCUGGGACAUCUGCAAAAGCAAGAAGCGUUGUGACAAUGACCCGCCCAAGCAAGCCGGAGACGGCGAGUUCAAUCCCGAUGCCGAUCAUGGCGAGCGCUGGGUCGGCGGCCAUGGAGGCUGCGGCAAUAUCCAGCCUGUUAUCCGCGCGCAGGCCCUCACCCUCUGGGGGCAUAUUGAAACCAAGGAUGAGGAUGGCGUGAAAACCAAGGAGAAGAAGAUCAUCACGCCAGAGAUGGCCCUCAACAUCUUCCGCCGCAUGAAGGACGAAGAGAUGAUCGACAUUGGCCUUAACAUUUCGCAAGCACGGCCCGAGUGGAUGAUCAUCACUGUUCUACCUGUCCCUCCCCCUCCGGUUCGUCCCAGCAUUUCGAUGGAUGGAACCGGAACGGGCCUGCGAAAUGAGGACGACCUGACGUACAAGCUCGGCGACAUUAUCCGCGCCAACGGCAAUGUUCGGCAGGCCAUCGCAGAGGGCUCUCCCCAGCACAUCAUCACGGACUUCGAGAAUCUUCUCCAAUACCAUGUCGCCACUUACAUGGAUAACGACAUCGCGGGCCAGCCGCAAGCCUUGCAGAAGAGUGGUCGUCCCGUCAAGGCCAUCCGCGCCCGCCUGAAGGGAAAAGAAGGGCGGCUGCGAGGUAACCUGAUGGGGAAGCGCGUCGAUUUCUCGGCUCGUACUGUCAUCACGGGCGAUGCCAACAUCUCAUUGGACGAAGUUGGAGUUCCGCGCAGCAUUGCCCGCACACUGACCUACCCCGAAACUGUCACGCCCUACAACAUUGCAAAGCUUACAAAAUACGUGCAAAAUGGACCCAACGAGCACCCGGGCGCCAGGUUCGUCGUCCGUUCUGACGGUACUCGACUGGACCUUCGCCACUACCGGCGAGCGACGGCCAUUCAACUUGAGUACGGCUGGAAGGUGGAGCGCCACCUGAUUGAUGGAGACUACAUCAUCUUCAACCGUCAGCCGUCUCUCCACAAGGAGUCCAUGAUGGGUCACAGGGUUCGGGUCAUGCCUUACUCGACAUUUCGGCUUAACCUGUCCGUCACCUCUCCUUACAACGCCGAUUUCGAUGGUGAUGAGAUGAACUUGCAUGUUCCCCAGACCGAGGAGACGCGUGCCGAGGUCAAGGAGCUUUGCAUGGUUCCCCUGAACAUCGUUUCCCCACAGAGAAACGGGCCCCUCAUGGGUAUCGUCCAGGACACCUUGGCUGGCGUGUACAAAAUGUGCCGCCGCGAUGUUUUCCUAACCAAGGAAGAGGUCAUGAAUCUCAUGCUCUGGGUUCCUGACUGGGAUGGUACCAUCCCACUUCCAGCGAUCUUCAAGCCUCGCCCCCGCUGGACUGGCAAACAAAUGGUCAGCAUGAUCAUUCCCAAGAUCAUCAACAUUCACAUGGGCUCAGAACAGUCGGAUAAGGACCACCCGUUCAAGGACGAUGGUCUUCUCAUCCAACAGGGAGAGCUUAUGUUCGGCUUGCUGUCCAAGAAGAGCGUGGGCGCCUCUGGCGGUGGCAUUGUCCAUCUGUGCUACAACGAGUUGGGUCCGCAAGGCGCCAUGGAUUUCCUCAAUGGCUGCCAGCGGGUGGUCAACUACUGGCUGCUGCAUAAUGGACACAGCAUUGGAAUUGGCGAUACGAUACCCGACGCUAAGACCAUCGACCUGGUUCAGAAGCACAUCGACGAGGAGAAGGCAGAGGUCCAUCGGCUGACGCAGGAAGCAACCAACAAUCGGCUUGAGCGUCUCCCCGGCAUGAGUAUCCGAGACACUUUUGAGAACAUGGUUUCGACCGCGCUCAACAAGGCACGUGAUAAAGCCGGCACGACAGCGACUAAGAGUUUGAAGGACCUCAACAAUGCUGUCGUCAUGGCGCGCUCCGGUUCCAAAGGCUCUUCGAUCAACAUCUCGCAAAUGUCUGCGUUGGUCGGGCAGCAGAUUGUUGAAGGAAAGCGCAUCCCGUUCGGUUUCAAGUACCGCACCCUCCCACAUUUCACAAAGGACGACUACUCUCCUGAGGCCCGGGGCUUCGUGGAGAACUCGUAUCUUCGUGGCUUGACUCCCUCAGAAUUCUUCUUCCAUGCCAUGGCCGGCCGAGAAGGUCUGAUCGAUACAGCUGUCAAGACAGCUGAGACGGGCUACAUCCAGCGUCGGCUUGUCAAGGCGCUCGAGGAUGCAGAAGCGCGCUACGACGGCACUGUGCGGAACUCGCUCGGCGACAUUAUCCAGUUCGUCUAUGGCGAGGAUGGUUUAGACGGCCUCCAUAUUGAGAAGCAGCGAGUCGACCACAUCAACAUGUCGAACCAGCUCUUCGACAAGCGCUUCCGUCUCGAUGUGAUGGAUGAGGCGACCUCCGGUGCCGCGCUCGACGCCCUGGAGUAUGGGCGGGAGAUGGCCAGCGAUCCCAUGGUGCAACAGCUUCUGGACCAAGAGUAUGAGCAGCUGCUGGCCGAUCGCAAGCUGGUGCGAGAAAUCAACCGUCGCAAGUUGGGCGACGAACAAAUGCAGCUGCCACUCAACGUUGCUCGUAUCAUUGAAAGCGCGAAAAAGCUUUUCAAAGUUGAUGAGUCGCAGCGCAGCGACCUCACUCCCAAGGACGUGAUCCCGGCCGUCCAAGCCCUCCUUGACCGGAUGGUUGUGGUCCGUGGUGAAGAUGUUAUCUCGAAAGAGGCUGACUACAACUCGACCAUCCUCUUCAAGAUCCAGCUGCGAUCCCGCUUGGCGUUCAAGCGUCUUGCUGUUGAGCACAGACUCAAUAAACUGGCUUUUGAGCACAUUCUUGGUGAGCUCGAGAACCGUUGGGCUCGGUCAAUGGUCUCUCCUGGCGAAAUGGUUGGGGUGCUGGCUGCUCAAUCCAUAGGAGAACCAGCGACGCAGAUGACACUCAACACUUUCCACUUUGCUGGUGUAUCCUCUAAGAACGUUACGCUGGGUGUUCCCCGUCUCAAGGAAAUUCUCAACGUUGCAAAGGAAAUCAAGACUCCAUCCAUGGUCGUUUAUUUGGACUCCGAGAACGCCACCCAGGAGGAUGCGAAGAAGCUGCGCAAUGCUGUCGAACACACCAGUCUCCGUUCGGUCACGGCGGUCACGGACAUCUACUACGAUCCAGACAUCACGUCAACCAACAUCCCAGAGGAUUUCGACAUGGUCGAAUCCUACUUCCUGAUUCCUGACUCGUCGGACCAGGACUCUAUUGAAAACCAGUCGCGCUGGCUGCUGAGAAUCACGCUUGACCGGCAAAAGAUGCUCGAUAAGGGCUUGCGCGUCGAAGAUGUGGCUGCUCGCAUCAAGGACGAGUACAAGAAGGACGUUGCAGUCAUCUUCAGUGACAACAACGCAGAAGAAAUGGUCAUCCGCAUCCGCGUUAUUAGGCAAGACGACGAUAAGGACGAAGACGGUAACAAGAUCAUUGAGGAUGAUGUGAUGCUGAAGCGUCUCGAGAAGCAUCUCCUUGACAGUUGCACCCUGCGCGGCGUGCAGGGCAUCGAGCGUGCGUUCCUGAACAAGACAGCCAAGUUGAUUGAAAGGGCAGACGGCUCUCAAGUAGCCAAUAAGGAGACGCCGGAAUGCAUAGAGUGGUAUCUCGACACUCAAGGCACAUCCCUGAGAGAAGUCUUGACCAUCGACGGCGUCGAUUCGAAGCGCACUUACACCAACGACCUAUACCAGAUUGUGGACGUGUUCGGUAUCGAAGCAGCGAGAGCCGCCCUAAUGCAGGAGUUGACCCAGGUGCUCGCCUUCGGUGGUUCCUAUGUCAACCACCGCCAUCUCGCGCUUCUUGUCGAUGUCAUGACGUACCGGGGAAGCAUUGCUGCCGUCACACGCCAUGGCAUCAACCGUGCCGACACUGGUGCACUGAUGCGCUGCUCGUUCGAGGAGACGGUUGAGAUUUUGCUUGAGGCUGCUGUCGUCGGUGAGCUCGAUGACUGCCGUGGGAUUUCGGAGAACGUUAUGCUGGGCCAGAUGGCGCCCAUGGGAACUGGCCAUUUUGAUGUCCUUCUCGACCCUAAGAUGCUUGAGACAGUCAUCUCGGACAACUCGCGCAUGGGUUUGAUGCCCGGCAUGACCAUCAAGGGUACUCAGCUGGAGGGCGCCGCAACGCCAUACGAUACGGGCUCGCCGAUGGCAGACAAUGGGUAUCUGGGCAGCUAUUCCCCGACGGCGGGCAACUUCUCGCCGAUACAGGGUGGAGGUUCAGACAGCCCAAGCGGUUUCGGAACAGAGUACGGUGGCGGGUUUGGCUCAAGCACCGUCAAUCCCUACGCGACGAGCCCCCGUGCUACCAGCCCAUUCUCCACGUCGCCCACUUCACCGUUCGGCUACGGCGGCUACUCACCGUCGUCACCGGCCGGGUAUUCGCCCACAUCACCUCUUCUCGAUGCUGGCGGUCGGUAUGCUUCGAGCCCGCAGUUUAGCCCCUCGUCUCCCUCCUUCUCGCCGACCUCUCCGAUGCUACGGCCCGGCAGCCCCACGAGCCCCAACUACAGCCCGACGUCGCCAAGUUACUCGCCGGCAUCCCCGGCGGCGAUCAGGCAUUACUCUCCCACAUCACCGACGCAGUUCAACUCCCCAACGUCGCCGUCGUAUUCUCCUACUAGCCCGAGCUACAGCCCGGCUUCACCGAAUCUGCACGCCACCUCACCGUCCUACUCGCCGGCGUCGCCGACUUGGUCGCCCACGUCGCCGGAUGCUUACUCACCGACGAGCCCGUCAUUCCAGCGGUCGCCCGGACAGCAAAUGUCACCGACCAGCCCGGGUUACUCGCCCACGUCGCCUUCAUUCUCGCCCAGGACUCCGGGGCGAGCCGCGCCUGGAGGCAACGGUGAUCAAUACUCACCCACUUCUCCGACGAAUGAUUGA